CUGGAGAGGCAAGUGGGAGCUGUGUUGGAGGUUCCUUCCCACCAGGGCCAGCCCCCACCCUCCACCUCCCCGUUCGAUCCCGAGUCCCUCGCUUGGUAUUUCCGGCCAGUUUUUCCAACCGCCAGCCUGGGCUCUUCUGUGUCUCUGACCUCCGGGCCCUAGAGUUAGCUCUCGGCCACCCUCUGCUUUGCGAAGCUGCGAAAUGAGGACCGGGAUUUCUCCCGGAUCGGAAAACGGGGGUGUUAAGGGUAGUCCCCAGGGAGGGGAAGCUUUGGCCACGAUGGGAGGGAAGGGGCAGCUCGGGGAAGUGAACCCAGAGCCAUCACUGGGACCGGGCCGCAGGGCGGCGGGGAGGAUCGGGAUCGAGGGCCUGCGGCAGUUAGUCGAUGAGGUUGCGAGGAGGCCAGUCGAGGGAACUGGGCAGUCGGGACAGUCUUAAGGCCGUCAGGACUGAAUCAAGAUUUGCCUCAUCGGGGCCACGGUGUCUUCAGGGUUUAGUGAGGGAGGAAAGGAACGGGGUGUCGGGAAGCCAGGGUCCCUCCUGUGGAUUUUGCGACUGGUCAAACCGUCCACCAAGAACAGGCUGAAAGGCAGUGAGUUGCCGGGCCAGAAGAUUUAGGUUCUCUCUGUCUUUGUGUCUCCUCCCCUCCACCCCCAAUUAACACCUGCCUUGUUUUAGGUCUUCAUUUUCUCCCCUCCCCCCGACUAUUUCCCUUUACCGUCACCUCUCUGGUUUCUCCUUUGGUUUACAGGUCCUGCACUUCUUGCCCAAGUCUCACGUUUGUGCCCUGGCCUUGGGCGCCUUCCCGGUCUUUCUCGCUUCUCCCCUGCUCCUCCCAGGUGCCCUGCCUGUGUGAAGUUCUGUUUUCCCUUUGGGCCUCCCACCAGUUCUGGCCCUUCGUCUGGCCUCUGGGCACCUGGAUUGAGACUCAGUUUUCUCCCAGACACCUCUGAACGUCCCCUGUGGGUUCCGUUUCCUCUGACAGAAACCGAUCUCCCUCUUUAUUUCCGUCGCUGUCGGGCUAGCUGUUAUUAUGAAGGAUGACGGGGGGGUGGUGAGCCCAUUUGAGCCUCAACCGUUAUAGUUCCGUUAUAAUGCGGGAGUUAGUGUGGAGAUUGUCACUGCCGCUCUUCCACCAGGAUUCUACAUCAGACCCAAGUUAUCGACAGAAGAAAGUUUAUUAAUAAUGAUACCAAUUAUCGUGGUUUUUGGUGAGUGUGGACGGCAAGCCUAAACCCGUGUCCCUGCUCCAGAUGGCCUCCCCCAGCGGACUCUGCGUCUUGGUUCGUCUGCCCAAGAUGGUCAGCGGGGGCGAGGCCCUCCCCGAGGCCCUGCUGGACAUCUUGGCGGACGGCGCCAUCUUGAAGGUCGGGGUCGGCUGCUGGGAAGACGCCGCCAAGCUGCUCCAGGACUACGGGGUCACGUUUAGAGGGAGCCUGGAUCUCCGCUAUCUGGCCGGAAGGAGGAGGAGGGAUCUACUCCAAAAUGGGCUGAGCCUGAAAUCCCUGGCAGAGACGGUCCUGAACCUCCCCCUCAACAAAUCCCUUCUCCUGCGUUGCAGCAACUGGGAUGCCGACCAUCUCACUCCGGAGCAGGUGGCUUACGCUGCUAAGGAUGCUCAAGUCUCCGUGGCCGUGUUUCUCCACCUGCUGGGCUACCCCUCCAAGGCCACCCCCGGCCCCCAGGCCACUGCCGGAAGCUGGGGGAAAGUCCUGGUGGAGUGUCAGGGCUUGGUGGACGUCCCCUUCCGAGGCAAAGGCGGCGGCCCGGAGGAGGAAGAGAACAGGGAAGGCCCGCAGAAGCCAAGGAGUCGGAAAUCCGGAGCGAACGGAUCAUCCCCGGCCAAUCAGCAAGGGAGAGAUCCCAGGAAACACAAGCGGAAGCCCCUGGGGGUGGGCUAUUCGGCCAGAAAGUCACCCCUCUACGACAACUGCUUCCUCCACGCUCCGGACGGACAGCCCCUGUGCACGUGCGAUCGCAGGAAGGCCCAGUGGUACCUGGACAAGGGCAUCGGAGAACUGAUGAGCGAAGAGCCCUUCGUCGUCAAGCUGCGGUUCGAGCCUUCGGGGCGUCCCGAGUCCCAGGGGGACUACUACCUGACCGUUAAGGAGAACCUGUGCGUGGUGUGCGGCAAGAGAGAGUCUUACAUCCGGAAGAACGUGGUCCCGCACGAGUACCGGAGGCACUUCCCCAUCGAGAUGAAGGACCACAACUCGCACGACGUGCUGCUGCUCUGCACGGCCUGCCACGCCGUCUCCAACUACUACGACAACCACUUCAAGCGGCGGCUGGCCCAGGAGUUCCGGGCGCCCAUCGGCUCCGAGGAAGGGGUCCGCCCGCUGGAGGACCCCCGGCGGCGGCAGGUGCGGUCGGGGGCCCGGGCCCUGCUGAACGCGGACGGCCUGCCCGCCCACCGCAAGGAGGAACUCCUGCAGGGCCUCAGGGCCUUCUUCAACAUGGACGUCGUCACCGACGACAUGCUGCGGGAGGCCGCCUGUCUGGAGACCAGGAUCUGCAACGAGAGCUACGUGCCCCACGGGCUGAAGGUGGUGCAGUGCCACGCUAAGGGCGGACUGCGCUCCCUGAUGCAGCUGGAGGCCCGCUGGCGCCAGCACUUCCUGGACUCGAUGCAACCCAAGCACCUGCCCCAGCAGUGGUCCAUCGACCACAACCACCACAAGCUGCUCAGGAAGUUCGGGGAGGACCUGCCCGUCGAGCUGUCCGGAUGACCGCCGCCCGGAGGGGACCGAGAAGGGAAGAGCCGACGACCGGCGGGCCGCCGCCGCCCCCACAGUGACCGUGGGAACGGGCCGGGUUUCCGCGGGGUCGGUUCGGGACGCUGGCUGGGCCGGGGCGGCCAUGGUCGGCCUCUCUUCCUGUUUUGUAUCCGUCCGGUCCUCGGCUCCCCUCUUCCCGGCGGGGGCGAAGGCAGCCGCCCCGGAGACUGUGAGGUCCCUUCUGGCUCUGUGGCCGGGGGGGGGGGGGGGGGGGGCUCUGAUCCUCGUCUAUCCCUUUGAACUCUGGGAAAGGGGCUUCCUGGGAUAGUGGACAUUCCCUUCCCGGGGGUUGGACGGGAGAGAAGAUGGCAGGCAGUCCCCUCACAGAACGGGAGAGGAGUCCUCCCCACCGAGGAGCGGCCUGGCUCCCGCCGGGCCUCAAAGACGACCCCAGGGGCCCGGAGGAGGUUAAGCGUCCCGCUGGAGGAAUAGGCCCAUCCGAUCUGCCGGAAGGGAAGCCCGUGGCGACCUGGGGUUGGGAGCACCGGCCUGGUGGGGAAGAGCAACCUAAACAACUGACCCUGGCCUUGUUCUAACCACACUGCGGUCAGCUGUUGUCCCAGUAAUAGCACAGUCUGGGGUGAACCCCUUUCAGAACUGACCCUUCGGCCCCCUUUCUCGCCCCUUUCAGAACCUUCCCCUUCGGGCUCUCCCUCCCCCGUGCCUAUGAUGUUGACUUCUUUUAAUCCCUAGCUCUUCUCCAGAGUCUUAAUUCUCCCCCCAUUCUUCUCUAGAACCUAAUAUUCUCCCCCUCUCUCUUCUCCAGAGCCUAAUAGUCUCGACCCUGCUCUUCUCCAGAGCCUAAUCUUCUCCCCCACUGUUCUCCAGAACCUAACAUUCUCCCCGCCCCAUUCUUCUCCAGAGCUUCAUUCUCCCCCUCUCCCAGGCAACCUCUUCCCGCCUUCUUUUUCUGAGGCUCGAAGGCUGUAUUUCACCCCUCAGAAUGGCCCGGCAACUUGGGGGCUGAAAUCGGUUUAUUAACAGUGACUCUUUUUUAAAAAGUACCAAGAAAGACUGUGCCAUCUUUUACGCGAUCCCAGCAGCCUUAGAAAAGAAGCAUGUGGCCAGAGUCCAACCGAAGCUCUAAUUCUGGAAUGGGGCCCCAGGUGAGCCGAUGGUCACUCUUAACUUUGAUUAAAUAAAAUUUCUAAGCAAAAAGGCCGGCA